AGAAAAAUUUUCCCAUGCAAAGAAGCGUGGCGGCGUAGUAGCGAGCGAGUCAUGUCUCGCUGCGGUCCACCCCCACACACAGGCGCGCCUGCAGGUCAGCAGAACAUUGUUGCUCGCCGCUCAUGCUCGUCGCAGCGGGCUGUCGAAAUGGAUCGCAAUCCAUCUCCACUGCCAGAGGAACUGAUUGACCAAGAUGUCCUACGAGCUGACAUAAUAGGAAGUACCGUCUUCAGCAAACAGUGGGUAUUGGCUAGCCUUAUGAAUCUCUUAAAGGGUGUUGAAAAAGAGUCUAGUGAAAAGGGAGAUGAUGAGGAGAAUCCAGAUUCAAAUGGAAUUGAAAUGGACCAAGAGCUAGAGGAGGAGCUAUGCAAAUUAUGGGAUAUGUCAGCCAAUGAGGAAGUAGUGGCAUUUCUCCAUGAGUGGAAGUCUGCUGAUAUGUUGAUUAACGUAGUGGCCAAAACAAAUUCACCAAGAACCACGGAAAUCUGUGUGGGAAUAUUAGCCAACAUGGCAUGCAUCGACCAAAUGAGAAAGGACUUUGCUGAGAACCAACAGCUCAGAGACUUGGUGUUAGCCCUGCUAGAAGGCCGUGAUCCACCUACACUCGUUGAAGUUUCAAGGCUCUUGCACGCCUGCAUUACUGACCAAACUACAGCCAAACCCUGGCUAACCGCAAUAAAACAAAAUUCCAGCCUAGAAACGCUUACAUUUAUUUUACUUAGCUCUACAAACAGUGAACUGUUAUUCAAUGUUUCUUGUCUGUUUGACGUUCUUCUGGAUUCUGAUCAGGAUGUUUUAGUCUCGCUCAGCAACAGCAACUUUAUCCAGGCAGUGGUGGAAGCUAAUAAACAAGUCAGGAAAGAGAAAGAAGAAUGUCAUGAUAUGCUGUUGCAUUGCUUACAGAUCCUCUCAACAGAGCAAGAAGGAGUAAGAGUUUUAGUGGAAUGUUGCAGCAAAGUUUUCCCAAUUCUUUAUGAGUAUCUUGAAACAAUAUGUGAAGAGGAUGUUGUAACCAUAAUUGGAAGAGAGAGGGCACUUUCAUCCGUUGUAUCAAUUCUUCAAGUGUUGCUUGUUAACUCAGAUAUGGGUGAUGAUGAACAAGUUUCCAAGUUAUUCAAGUUUCUUCUCUCCAUCUUGUCAACAUUAAAAUCAACAAGUACAUCCAAUUCAACCAAAGUAGCUGUAGGAAUAGAGAAGUCAACAGGUCCUGAAGAUAAAGAAUCUUACAGUGCUCAGGAUAAUGGAACUGCUAAAGAAGAGAACAAGGCCACAACAACAGAUGCUACAGAUACUCCUAAAUCAGAUGGCUCAUAUUCCACAUCAAAUGUCAAGAAUCACCAUGACAAUGUGAAGGAAGGUGAUGUAAACGAGCAGACAACCAUGCUCUUAUCAUUGCUGACAGAAUUUUUUGUUGAAGUUAAUCAGGGGGAAAAGACAUCACUUCUGAGGCAACUGAAGAGUUGUUCACCAACACUUCUUAAAACUCUAUCAUCACAUCUCCAAGAUGCAAAGCCUGACUUUGCCAACUUACUUCAUCAAGAUAAAACCUGAAGGAAAUUCAUAACACUUUUCUACAUUUGAAUUUGUUGUUUGGUGAACAUGGAGAGCAAUAUGCAACACUGAGUGUAUUUU